ACAUAUAAACACACAUACAUAUAUGUACAUAUACGCAUCACUUCUGUCUCAGACCUUGAAGGAAAGCACAUAGUCAUUAAAGGUUGAAAGAUCUCGAACAGUUUCUGUUCGCGUGUGAGUUAAGACUGACGAUUAAAGAUAUUUUCAAGCAAUUUAAAGAUAAUAUUUCGUAAUUAUUAAUGACGUAAAACUGAUAAACGCGAUAAUAAUUAUCGGGCACAUGUGAAAGGAAUGUGAUGUAAAUUCUAACAGAGUUGGUGCACCAGUUGUGACUUGCGGUGAUUUGAUCUCAUAGUGAGAGUGCAUCAAACACAUGAUAUAUGUGUAAAGCACAUAUAUAAUAUUAUUGUUUAAAGCAAUCAUACAGAACGUUAAACAAGUCCUGGAACAUCAGUUUCCUUCCGAAAAAUGAGCACGACGUCGAGCAUCAAUAAAAAACCGCCGGGAGUGGAAUUCGCGAUGGGUGCCCUGGCGGCUGUAGGCGCCGGCUGCUUCACGAACCCCAUGGACGUAGUGAAGGUGCGACUGCAGUUGCAGGGUGAACUGGAGGCACGCGGUUCUUACAAUAGGAUAUACAAGAACACCGUGCACGCGGCUUAUCUGAUAGCCAAGCACGAGGGUGUCCUCGCCCUGCAGGCCGGACUCGUGCCCGCACUCGCUUUCCAGGUGGUGCUCAACGGUAUUCGUUUGGGCGCGUACAAGUCCGCUCAGAGGUACGAGUUGAUCGUCGACGCGCGAGGCAACACCGAUGUCCUGCGGACCACCCUGGUGUCCGGCACGGCCGGCUGCGUCGGCGCCGUCCUCGGCAGUCCGUUGUACCUGGUCAAAACGCAGUUACAAGCGCAAUCCGCGAAAUCCAUCGCUGUGGGCUAUCAGCACAAUCACUCGGGAUCGUGGAACGCUUUCAAGUCUCUAUGGCAGGAAGGCGGUGUCACGGCCCUAUAUCGAGGAUGGAACGCUAACUUGCCCCGCGUAUUCGUCGGCUCGGCGACGCAGUUGACCACCUUCGGAUUAGCAUCCGAUUGGUUACGAUCACUGAAUAUAUUUCCAGAUCGUCCGAUAUUGUUGACCUUCUUGGCCGCCGCGAUCGGAGGCAGCUGCGUAGCCGUCACCAUGCAGCCGUUCGACGUUCUGGCGACGCGGUUGUACAAUCAACAGACAGACGCAACCGGGAAGGGUGCCUUGUAUAAAGGGCUCGGAGAUGCGCUCAUCAAGAUAUUUCGCACGGAAGGUUUGACCGGCCUGUAUAAGGGAACGUUUCCAACGUGGAUAAGAAUAGCGCCGCAUACAGUUCUAUGCUUGGUGUUUUACGAGAAAUUAGAGCAAUUGUAUGGCAAACUUAGACCAUGAAUACAUAAAAUGUAUUGUGAAAUUUGUAUAUACCUAUAUAUUUACUCUAGAUAUCGCAGAAGUAAGAACUUUGUAAAUAAAAUUUUUUCACUGAAUGUUAAAUAUUGCGCAUCUGUUUACAAUAAAUCGAUAUCAUAUAUCGGCA